CGAGGGAGGGCGGGUAUAUAAAUGAAGGCCAGUGGGCAUUCACAAUCCCACGGUCUCUAAGUGCUUCAUCACCAGCUGCCUUCAACCCACAGCGAGCCUGCAGCCAUGACGUUCAACGGAACCUGGAAGGUCGACCGCAACGAUAACUAUGACAAGUUCAUGACGGAAAUGGGUGUUAAUAUCGUGAAGAGAAAGCUGGCAGAGCACGACAACCUGCAGGUUACCAUCGAGCAGAGCGGAGACAAGUUUCACAUCAAAGAGUCCAGCACCUUCCGCACGAAAGACAUCGACUUCACGCUGGGCGUCCCGUUCGACUACAGCCUGGCCGACGGCACCGAAGUUACAGGUACGUGGGUGAUGGAGGGUGACAUGCUGAAAGGAAAAUUCACCAGAAAAGACAACAACAAGGUCCUGACCACCAGCAGAGCUCUGGUGGGAGGAGAGCUCGUACAGAGUUAUAACUACGAGGGAGUGGAUGCUAAGAGGACUUUCAAGAAGCAGUAACCUGGAGUCUGAAGUUCAUAUUUUAUUUUUAUAUAGAUGACACAAUGUAGAUCUGUUUUUUUUUCUUCUAACAAUUAAAAGUGGACAUCAUAUACCUCAAAAAUGUUGACAUUUUCCAGAGUUUGAAUAGUUGCAUUGCACAGGUAAAUUAUCAGUAUAAAAAUGUCCUGGAAAAUAAGUUCUUGGUGUAGUAGGGUGACACCUAAAGGACAUUAUAAUGGGAAAACAACACAAGAAGCCAAUAGGAAGAGAAAAAGGGAGAACAUCUAUCACCAUGUCAGUCCAAUGUGCCUUAGACAGGAACUUAACAACCAGUAUCCCAGAAAUGGCCACACACUCUGGUGGUAUCCAGCCAUGCAGACAGUUUGUUUCAAAGAUUGAUAUUGCUACCUGACUACUGAAGUGGAAGAUGGAAUUUUGUUUUGGUUUCUCCCAGCAUUGAAAAAUACAAUUUAAAAAGGUUUGACUGCAAUUUGUCUUUUUGGAAACAAAGUCCAAGUGACUCAUGAUACUCCAGGAACAUACUGUCAACAGUUUGAAAGCUGUUCAUGGAUUAUGGUUUAUGGUUAUGGUUCCAAUGUAACAGGAGCAUUGUUUCUGGAAAUACAAGUGACUGUUGAAUUGUUUUAACCCUUUAUCAGGCAAAGAACUAUAUUUGGUAACUUCAGGUAUUCUUUUGAGAAAAAAAUUACAAAUUUACUAGAUUAAAGUGGCAAAUCUACAAGAAAAAAAGUUGCAGAUUUAAGAGAUUUAAAGUGGCAAAUCUGCUCGAAAAAAGUAGCAGAUUUACAAGAGAAAAGUGGGAAAAAACAACUUUUUUUCUCACAGAUUUACCACUUUAAAUCUCAUAAAUCUAUGCAUUUAUUUCUCGUAGAUUUGCCACUUUAAUCUCGUAAACCUUUUUUCUCAAAAUAUUAUUUUGUAUGGGGUUUUUUUUACACAUUCUAGCUGUAUGUAAUAUCCUCCAAUAUUCUCUAGGGUUGAAAUUUGCAAGUAUUUCAAUGAGUGCCCUAUUAAGGGUUAAAGUAGUGAAUCUGGGAGAAAAAAGUAGCUAUUUUCCCCCUUUUUUCUCGUAAAUUUGCAACUUUUUUCUUGAAAUAUUACCUGAAGUUACCAAAUAUAGUUCUUUGCCUGAUAAAGGGUUAAAUGUAAUUUUUAACUCUGUGAGCGAUGUUAAUGGGAAUGCUUCCACCUCCAUGGUAUUAUUGAGGCAGAAAUCUUAGACAUGACUAUCUAAAAAAUCUGGGCAACAAAUAUCAGCUUGUCUAGACACAACUAGAGGCAAGCAAGCCACUGUUUGGUUGUUAUUUUGGAGAAUGCACCCUUUAAAUAUCUCCAACAGUAGAGAGCACAGCCUUAAACUUUACUUUACUGUUAAAUGCAUCAAAAUAACAGCAUUUAGUCCCACACUGGACUCAUCGUAAUGCAAAGCAGCACAAUUAUGACCCCACACAACAUGACAUACAGUAUAAUAGUCAAUUUGCACUAAUGGUUCUUAUAUGUUAUACAGUUUGUAACAAUAAAGCAAUUUUCAUGUUACUCAAGUCUAAUAUUGGUGUUAUUUUUAAGGCAACUACAGGUGAUACCAUGAGAAAUUCCAGUUGAUUAUGUUGAUUAAGACAACUAUUUUUGGGAUAACAGGUUUAAUAAAAUGUAAUGCUUACAUAUGCAUAUUAGGCAUUUUAAAAAGUGCCAAUUUGCAUAAAUUCCAGGAAGAGAAAUCUGAAUGUUGGAUAUUGCCAGAUUCAAAAUUCUUAUUUAACUUUGUUGAUAUUAGAAUCAAAAGACACUAAGACUUUAUGGAGGGAGUUAACUCUUUUUUUUAACCACUCCAUCAAUCAGAAAAAAACAGCCAAAUACAUUUUUGCCAUUUUUUUUAAAUUAUCAAACAUAUUUCUGAUUUAAUUUUUAUCAUAUUAUUGUAUUUUUAAAAUAUGUUUUUAUUAUUUUAAAAAUCAAGCCCUCAGUAAAAACCCUUCGGAAUAUAAAUAAGAAUAAAACUGUAAAGUUUGGUUUGUAAAUGCUACUAAAAUUGAGACUUCUGGCUCAGUUUGAGAAAAAACAUUUUUUUU